UCCUGGCAACUUUCUUUUCAAUAUAAAAUUAAUUUAAAUUUCGCAGUUUUCCUUCUUCGCCAUGUUUUCUUCUAAAUUCAGUUGUUUUAAAAUUCAAACAAAUUAUGACCACACCAAGGAAACGAAACUACAGAAUAUUUAAAAGAAAGAAAUCAGCAACUUCUAGAGAAAUGUUUAAUAUUAGAAUAGAACAGCCCCAAAAGAGACAACCAAAUUCAAACAAUGAUGAGUUACCGCAGCAACCAAUCAGCAGGGAAACAUAUCAGCUAAAAGCAAAUAAUACAUCCCUAAUAACAAGUAAUAGUGUUGAAAAGGAUUUUCAGCAGUUGGACACAAAAGACAUAAACAAGCCUGUGUCCACUUCACAUACUAUGGAUUCUAUAAAAUCAGCAGCUCCUUUAGGCAAUAAAACCAAACAACGGCCCCAAAGUGCCCCAAAUCGUUCCCUUAAAUCUACCGGUUUGAAUCCCUUAAGCAACACACCAAAAUCGGCCCGCCUGCCUGCUUCUACCAAAUGGAAGUCACCUUUCAAUAGCUUUGUAACAAAAGGAACGCGGUCUCGUUUACCUUCACACUCUCAGCAAGCGUCAUCAGAAUUUGCCUAUGAUCUGUCUCGUGAUGAACUUAAAUUUGUGGGAAAAUUUUCGAGACCUAUGAAACCAUUGCCGGAAGCUGAACGCCAUUUACUUAAAAAUGGUCAGAGGAAGGAAUACUUAACACAAAGAUAUGAACAUUCUCCAGUGAUUAAAUACAACUAUCCAGAGGCAACCUCGUGGCGUAUUGGAUGGUUGCAGAAGAUGCAAAAAUAAUUUUGAUAACUUAAAGAAUGUUUAGAAUUAUAGAAAUUAAUGUAAACUCAAGUUUAGAAUAAAGACUUUUUGUAAAAGAAAUAUAACAAGUUUUAAAAUAUAAA